AUGGGUACUGACACGCUCCCUGCGGUCACAGCAGCGCCGAGCGGCCUGGACCUCUACGCCCGAUUUGCGCUCGCCGGUGCUCUUGGCUGCUCGCUCACCCACGGCGCCUUCACUCCCGUCGAUGUCGUCAAGACCCGCAUUCAGCUCGACCCGGCCACUUACAACCGGGGCAUGAUCGGUGGUUUCCGCCAGGUUAUCGCUAAUGAGGGUGCUGGUGCCCUGCUCACCGGUUUUGGCCCGACCUUCACCGGAUACUUUAUCCAGGGUGCCUUCAAGUUCGGCGGGUACGAGUUCUUCAAGAAGCAGUCGAUCAACUUCCUCGGCCUCGACAAGGCUCGCGAAUAUCGUACCGCCGUGUACUCUGUCUCUGCCGCCUCGGCCGAAUUCUUCGCCUCGAUUGCACUUUGCCCGCUCGAGGCGACACGUAUUCGAUUAGUUUCCCAGCCUGGUUUCGCCAAGGGCCUGGUCGAUGGACUCAGCAAGAUCGUAUCCCAGGAGGGUGUUGGUGCUCUCUAUAGCGGGUUUGGCCCUAUUCUGUUCAAGCAAGUUCCCUAUACCGUCACGAAGUUCGUCGCGUUCGAGAAAAUCGCCGAGUUCUUUUUCAGCAAAGUCGAUAAAUCGACCCUGUCGAGCGGUGCAACUACCGGCAUCAACCUGGGAUCCGGUCUCCUCGCCGGUUUCGCUGCAGCCAUCGUAUCCCAGCCCGCCGACACUAUGCUCUCCAAGAUCAAUAAGACAAAGGGUGCGCCAGGUGAGGGCACCGUCUCCCGCCUGAUCAAGAUCGCCAGUCAGCUCGGCCUCCGUGGUUCAUUUGCUGGUUUGCCCACUCGUCUUUUUAUGGUUGGUGGUCUGACCGCAGGUCAGUUCGCCAUCUACGGAGACAUCAAGAAGCUUUUGGGUGCCACCGGCGGUGUUGAGAUUGCAAAGUGA